GAAGGAAACCGAGUCUAAGAUAUAUGAAAGUAUGGGGUUGUCUUUCCGAAGCUAAACUAUAUAAUCCCUUCUUGAAGAAACUCGACAUGAAAACUGUAACUUGCUACUUCAUUGGUUAUCCUUCUCACUCAAAGGGUUACAGAUUUUAUUGUCCUUCCCACAUCACUCGCAUUGUAGAAACCAAAGAUGCUCAUUUCCUUGAAGAUUUUAAGGUCAGUGGGAGCAGUGAAAACCCUUAUGAUGAAUUGCUAGAAGUACAAGACGCGGGGGGGAGAGACUUAUCAAUUACUUUACCUCCAAUUACUCCUCUUGUACUCAAUGCCAAUUCGCAGGACACUGCACCACCUCCUACUCCUAAUGUACCUGGAAAUGAAGACACCUCAAAUAAUCACCAUCAAGACAAUGCCGCCAAUGCUCAACCCGAUAAUUUGCUCAGGAGGUCAUCAAGGUCUAAAAGGCCUACUAACUUUGAUGAUUAUGUUACCUACCUGACUGAAGCAGAAAUGGAUGCUGGAAAGUUUACUGA